GAUAUUCCUAUUUCCUACAACGGUCAUACUGCGAACGCAAGUUAGAAAAGGAAACGUGCGGUGCCGAAAUAAAAUUGCAAAGAAUUACCGUCAACCAGGAGGUGUUAGACCAUUAUCAGCGAAAACUCGAGUUUUCCCUUCCCUUGCGGUGUUUGCGCGUGCAAGCGAGAAGGAAGAUUGAAGGCCGGACGCUAGAAAUUUCCAUUCUCAGGCGAAAACCGAAAUCCAUAAUUAAUGUGAAUGUGAAAAGCAUAUAUUGAAUCGAACUUUCUGGAGUUUAUUGUCAAAAAAGAAAGACCGGAUAGCUAAACGACACUAGCAGAAAAACGAAGAAGACUAAGCGAUCGCGUUGUUCCGCCCCCCGAAGUUGAAACAAGCUACAACACCACCAAAUUAAUUUAAUUGGAAAAGCGGUCAGACGACAAGGAGGAGCAGAAAAUGUCUGUGAUUGGCAUCGAUUUUGGCAACGAGGGCUGCUAUGUGGCGGCGGCCAGGUCCGGCGGCAUUGAGACGCUGGCCAACGACUACAGUCUCCGGGCCACUCCCUCCUUUGUGGCCUUCGAUGGAAAGAAACGGAUCAUUGGCGUGGCCGCCAAGAACCAGCAGGUGACAAACAUGAAAAACACAGUUGGUGGAUUCAAGCGUUUGCUCGGCCGUAAAUUCAACGAUCCCCAUGUACAACACGAACUCACGAGCAUUCCAGCGCGCGUCGAGGCGCGCGGCGACGGCAGUAUCGGCAUCAAGGUGAACUACCUGGGGGAGGAUAAGCACUUCGGGCCGGAGCAGCUGACGGCGAUGCUCUUCACCAAGCUAAAGGAGACAUCGGCGGCCGCGAUGCAGACGCAGGUUAACGACUGCGUUAUCGCCUGUCCCGUGUUCUUUACCAACGCAGAGCGCCGAGCCCUGCUGGAUGCUGCCCAGAUCGCCGGGCUGAACGUUCUGCGACUGAUGAACGAAACGACGGCCACGGCGCUGGCCUACGGCUUUUACAAGAACGAUCUGUUCGAGGACAAGCCGCGCAACGUGAUUUUCGUGGACUUUGGGCACUCGUCACUGCAGGUCAGUGCCUGUACCUUCACCAAAGGCAAGCUGAAGAUGCUGGCCAGCACCUGGGACCAGAUCGGCGGACGGGACAUUGACCUUGCGUUGGCAGACUACUUCUCCAAGGAGUUCCAGGAGCGUUACAAGAUCAACUCAAAGACCAAUGCCCGUGCCAAUCUGCGUUUGCUCACCGAGAUUGAGAAGCUAAAGAAGCAGAUGUCUGCCAACAGCACAAAGCUGCCGCUGAACAUUGAAUGUUUCCUGGAGGAUAUCGAUGUCUCGUCCUCAAUGCAACGUUCGCAGAUGGAGGAGCUUUGCGCUCCCGUUUUCCAGCGCGUGGAGCAGACGUUCAAGCGUCUGCUGGCUGAGUCCAAGCUGCAGCUGGACGACAUCCACUCGGUGGAGAUUGUCGGUGGCAGCUCGCGCAUUCCAGCAGUAAAGCAGCUAAUCGAGCAGGUCUUCAACAAGCCGGCCAGCACUACUCUGAACCAGGACGAGGCUGUUUCCCGCGGUGCUGCUCUGCAGUGCGCCAUUAUGUCGCCGGCGGUUCGCGUUCGCGAGUUUGGCGUCACAGACAUACAGAACUACGCCGUGAAAGUGCUGUGGGACGGUGAGGGUUCCGCUGCUCCGGGAGAAAUCGAGAUCUUUCCGCAGUUCCAUGCGUCGCCGUUCAGCCGCCUGCUGACCAUCAACCGCAAGGGGCCGUUCAACGUUUCGAUCGUUUAUGGACAGCAAGUGCCAUAUCCAGAUCAAACGAUUGGUGUGUGGAAGGUCAAGGAUGUGAAGCCGACGGAGCGCGGUGAGGGACAGGAUGUUAAACUGAAGGUGCGCAUUAACAACAACGGCAUCGUGCUGAUCUCCUCGGCCACCCUGGUGGAAAAGAAGGAAGCGGAAGAAGCUGCAGCUGCUGAGCAGGCUGCCAGUGAGGAGAAGCUCGCCGAGCAGGCUGGAGGCGCUAAUGCUGCCGGUGAACCCACGGACGGCCAGCCGGAGGGCACUGAUAAGAAGAAGAAGGCCUCCAAGGCUACCGAACUGCCCCUGGAGUGCACCACACACGGCUUCAGCCCCAUUGACCUGGGCAACUUCACACAGCAGGAGUCAAAAAUGAUUGGAAACGAUCAAAAGGAGACGGAACGCAUCGAUGCCAAAAAUGCCUUGGAAGAGUUUGUCUACGAUAUGCGCAAUAAACUGCAGGAUGGACCUUUGGAGCGAUUUGUGGUGGAGUCUGAGCGCGAGGCUAUCGUGGCCCAGUUGAAUGAUCUCGAAAACUGGCUAUACGAGGAUGGCGAGGACUGCGAGCGCGAGACCUACACUAGCCGCCUGCAGGCACUGCAUCAAAAGACGGAUCCCAUCAAGGUACGCGCUAACGACUAUGAGCAGUGCCCGGCUGUUUUCGAAGAGCUCAAGGGCAGCAUUGCUAUUGCACGCUUGGCGGUGGCCGAGUUCCGCAAGGGCGUGCCCAAAUACGAUCAUUUAACGGAAACCGAGUUCAUCAACAUCUCGGAGACGGCAGACAAGGCGCAAAAGUGGCUGGACACUCACCUGUCCAAGUUCGCACAGUCGCCACGCACCGCCGACAGCCCCGUCCAGGUUUCCGCCGUGCGCCAUGAAGUCCAAACGCUAAAUGCUUGCGUUAGCUCGGUAAUCAACCGGGCGAAACCGAAACCGGCUCCAAAGACGGCAACACCGCCCAAGGAUGGAGAGGCCAAUGCGGAACAGAAUGGCGGCGAGCCGAACGCCGCUGGCGACAAAAUGGACGUGGAUAACAACGCGCAGAGUGCGGCAGGAAACGAUCCCUCCAUGGAUGUGGAGUGAGCUUUGGCUCCCCUCCGACUACCCGGUUGUCCGGCUAUCCACGGUAUUGGCCUAACGUUAAUGAUAAUAAUAAUAAUAAUUACGAUAACUUAAACGGUAAACAUAUAUGAGAAACGACCUUUGUAUAUGCACUACUGGCUUCAGGACUAGCAGAGUAAACCAGAAUCCAACAAAAUCAAACAGCA